AUGACUAGGAGGUCCAACAAGGACAACCUAGUUGAACAUCCAGAGAUAGACAAGCUUGAGAAGCAACUUAGGAAGCAAAAGCCCAAGAGAUGGCCGACGAAGCAGCUCGCGCUCACGCCGCUGAAGUGGCGCGCGCUAAUGAAGAAGGAAGAGAUCCACCUCCUCCUCCUCCUAACCCUGCUGGAGAUAAACCCUAUCCAUCCACCACUUCCUGCAAGGAAUGACUAUGAGAUCAAGCCUCAGAUCAUAGCAUUGGUUAGACAGAACCAAUUCAAUGGCCUUCCAGCUGAGCACCCUCUUGAUCACAUAGAAAACUUUGAAGAAAUUUGCAGCACUACAAGAUCCAAUGGAGUCUCUGCUGACUACCUUAAGUGCAAGCUCUUUUCAUUCUCUCUUGGCGACAAAGCUUCAAGAUGGUUGAAGUCUCUGCCAGCUCACUCCAUUACCACUUGGGAUGAGUACAAGGCCGCUUUCAUCAACCACUUCUACACCAAGCAGAGAUCAAUUUCUGAGUACAUUAGGGACUGCCCUAAUCAUGGUUUCAAUGAGGGAAACCUAUGGAACAUCUUCUAUCGUGGCAUAGACCACAAGUACAAGCUUUCAUUGGACACUGCAAGCAAUGGAAACUUCAUGACCAAGACUGUUGAUGAAGCUAAGGUUCUUAUUGAGAAUCUUGCAGCUAGUGAUUGUAACAACUGUCCUGAUUAUGACCGCUCAAGCCGCACCACUACUAGCUCCCCUGAUUCUUUUCAAAUGACUGAACUCAAGAACAUGAUGGCUCAAGUUCUUAAGGGACAGCUCAAGCAUAUCAAUGCAAUAGAAGGGAUGAGUGAUGCUAAUGAAGACCAUCAAGAGAAUGCAUGGGAGAUUUCUCUAAUGAAGCCAAUGAAGAAGAUGUGA